UAUAUCAGCAUCAUCAAUAACACUCGAGUUUGGAGCUCUCUCAACCAUCUGUGAUGUCGCAGGAAAACAGCAGCCAAUCGGAGGUUCCGACUGGCCCCUCUGCUCUCAUUGGUUCCUCCCUGGUCCUCAGCUCUGUAUACUCCAGUCAGCUCUGCUAGCAAAACAGACAAUGUGCUGCUGUUACAAGCAGGGCAGACGCUCCAAAUGCAGCGGAGCAAGGAACACAUCGCAGCCUGAGAGAGGAAGCAAAUGCUCACUCCUGUCAGAGCCAGCAGAAGAAGGAACAGCAACCGGAAAAAGCAUCAGCGGCGACACUCAGAAGGCCAGUGAGAUGGGCUGCUCAUCUGGCCGCUUGCCCUGCCAGCCUCCAGCCUCCACGCAGCUGGCCACUCUGGACCCUGAAUGCAGCCUGGCCCGUGACAGGACGCCCCCGAUGGUGGUACCCAAAGCCCCGGAGGACCUGUCCACACUGGAGCGUCUGGCCCAGGCCACCGGCGGCACUGAGAAGUCCUGGUACCGCUGUGUGUUUCCCUUCGGGGUCAUCUCACUGGUGAUCGGCAUGGCGGGAACCGGAGUCACGUUCAACUUCAACACGCUGCCCCAAACUAAAGUGGUGUCUCUGGUGCUGCUGGUCACAGGGUUCAUCAUGCUGUUGAUAGCGGCUGCGUGCUGGAAGGUGCAUCGGUCUCGGAGGAGAGAAAAGAAGGAGGGAGGCAUCUUCAGCUCAGAGCAGUGCACUCUAUGAGACACGCUGAACAAAAUCAGAAGUUUUUCUGGUGCUCUGGAAAGAAAAAUGACCAGUUUGAGGGCAAGCUGUCUGUAACAUCUCCUCACUGUCGCUGAUGGCCUGUGGAAACAUUUAGCGACGGUACACAGACAAAUGAAUUUUAUCAGUUGUGUUUCUAUUAGGUAAAAGUCAGAAAGAAACAAGGACAAUGGAGGAGCCCUGUGUGUGUGUGUGUGUGUGUGUGUGUGUGUAUGUGUGUGUGUUCAUGUAUCGUGUUUAAAACUGGAGAAACUGUCUUUGGAGAAACUGGAGACUUUAAACCUUAAAUGCUGCAACUUUCCCUGCUUUCUUCUUGAGGGAUUUAUGAAAGUAGGAUGCAAAAGAAAAUCAUGGAAGUCUCUGGACAGAUGACUCCAGGUCAGUAAAGGAAGGCUUUGGUGAGAAAUAUGACCACUGAUGAAAGAAUGACAGCUACUUAUGUUAACAAGUAUAUCAUUUUUGAUUAACAUGCAGUUCCAGGAUUUAUUUAUUUAUUUAUUCAUGCCAAGUCAUUACAGAGCCUAUUUUAAAUGUAUAAGGACAAGCUAAUGUGAGCUCAUGUUUUGCAUGACAAAUUAACUGUUAUUUUUUUAUAUUUGUGAAAUUUGUGCACGAUUACAUGUUAAUGUUGCAACAAAGCAGUUUUUUUUUUUUUUUUUUUUUUGACGUUCCAGACUGUUAUUUUGCUCUUACCUAUCGUUUUGUCUGUCAAGUGACUUCUGCAAAGAGAAAUCUGGGGUCAGUGUGUGUGCACAUGAAAACAUUCCUACUUGCAUGUAUUUCU